AUGUCUGCUCAAGUGCGACAAAACGCCGAGAUCAAGAAGAAAGAUGUCUCUCUUAGCAAUCUUCUCCUUGGCGCCACGCUGAACAUGUUCGAGGUUACCUCCCUCGGCCAGCCUUUGGAGGUUGUCAAAACAACCAUGGCGGCCAACCGCGCCGAUUCGUUUCCGGCGGCGAUGCGGCGCGUCUGGGCACGUGGCGGUCUUCUUGGGUUCUACCAAGGCCUGAUCCCAUGGGCGUGGAUUGAAGCUUCCUCAAAAGGCGCCGUUCUCCUCUUCGUGGCCUCAGAAGCCGAAUAUCACGCGAAGCGCCACGGCGCAGCAGAUGUACUCGCUGGAAUGGCAGGAGGAAUGGUCGGAGGUGUUGCGCAAGCCUACGCAACUGUAGGAUUCUGCACCGCGAUGAAGACUGCCGAGAUCACACGCUCGAAGCUUGCCAGCGCGGGCACAAAACCACCCAGUACACUACAGAUGUUCCAAAAUAUCUAUGCGAAGGAGGGGCUGCGCGGGAUUAACAAGGGCGUGAAUGCAGUUGCAAUUCGCCAGGUUACGAACUGGGGAUCCAGAUUCGGAUUCUCGCGGCUGGCCGAGGAUACCAUACGGCGUGUCACGGGCAAAGAUGACGGACGGAAACUAAGCGCGUGGGAAAAGAUCCUGGCGUCCUCGGUUGGAGGUGGUUUGUCUGCUUGGAACCAGCCGAUCGAAGUCAUCCGAGUUGAGAUGCAGAGUAUGAAGAAGGAUCCUAGUCGGCCGGCUGAUUUGACGAUUGGAAAGGCGUUCCGGUACAUCUACCAGGAGACGGGGAUUCGGGGGCUGUACCGUGGAGCUACUCCAAGGAUUGGACUCGGUAUUUGGCAGACUGUUUGUAUGGUUGCGUUGGGAGACAUACGCGGUAGAAAGAAUGACAGGAGAACGGGCGGCCGGCCACUAGAUGCACAUAAUUGUAUAGCUAAACAGACACUAUGCAAUUACCAGUCAUACAGUCCGGCUGGGUUUGACACCAUGAGCGUAUUCCAUUCUUCAUCCGACAACCACGAUCGUAGACUCCGCAGCCACGCCAGAUCAUCCACCUUCAAGUACGGUGUCUCUGUGAGUGCCUCCUCCGGCGUCCGAACCCUCAUUAAUGGCGUAUGCGGCCUGCGCUGUUAG